AGGAAACCAGAAGCUGCACGGCAGCAUUCGCAAACAGCGUCCGGGUUGAUGGCAGUCUGGUCAAAGGCGCACCUCAUUGCAUUGAACUGAGCUAUUGGUCGCAGGGGUGGUACGCGCGUUGUUUCGGAUUUGCGUUGGAAUGCUCCGCCAGUUUAUUCGCUGUUUGUGAAGUUACACAAGAAGCCUAGAAAAUAAGCAGAAGCAGAAUGAUCCAUAUCGCACUGGAGUUCAAGCACAACCACAAUCCCCAGUAAUCGCUAGAAAUCGCUGGUAAUCGCUGUUUGGACAGUAAAUGUGCAGCCGGCAGGAAAAAUUGUACUCUGCGUGAGCGCAUUGCCCUGACUCAGGCAUUCACAAAUCCCGCAAAAGCCGCAAUAAAAGACAGGUGAAUCUGACAUGAGUCGGAUGAUCGGACACAGCGGCAAGAGCCGUCCAUGCAAGGGACACUUCUGCUCUGUUCUUGUUGGUGCUUGUCAACGUAACGUAAGAGAAAUUAUACCUCCAUUCAGAAGCGGCUGCUUCGUUACCUUGCAAUUAACAAGGCACUUGAUCGGGCCAAGACAAACAUUUAGAGUCAGGUGGUUGACUGCGGCGUGGGAUGCCGGUGAUAUGAGACCCGAAAACACCGUGUACGGAGCUGAAAUGCCCAAUAGGGUUACCUUGCAUUAGGCGAGGGGCCCCUGGUCAAUGUAGGUUGCUUUGCAGUGCCCGACACCGGUUUUAGUGCAGAAUAAGUGCGCAGUAGUAGACGCAGCAUUGGCAUAUUUACCUGCAUCGAUGGUCCCACUAUGCACCCGCGGUUCUCGGAAGGCAUAAGAACAUCCGUCGAGCGAGCCAGAAGGCUAGAAGGGAUUCAAUCAAUAUGCAGGCUGACCACCAUGAGUGUCAUGCCCGGUAUCGUCAGACAGGAUAGGCCAGGGUGCCUUCAGCAACUGCUUCAUGCUACCUACCUACUCGAUGCCUCAGUACUGAAAUCCAGCGCAGGGGUCAACUCAUGAUACGCCAUGAACUACUCCUUCGAGCCUUCGUGUUUUAAGUUGGAUCCGCCAAAGUAGGCUAACAGCUGCGUCAUUUGGCCUGCAUCUGGAAUCCAUUGACCGCUUGACAGAAGGGGCACCGUCUGACCACCAUUCUACGCAUUCUCGUCAAGAAAGCCUCGCAACGGUACACCGGGUCGACGAACCGGAUGAGGCCCUGAAUGCUGACCUGGAUGCCUUGGCGCACCACG